CUUGCAGGCCACGACACGACCGGAAGCGCUAUUUCCUGGCUCCUGUUCUCGUUGGCACAACAUCCGGAGUACCAGAGGAGAUGCCAACAGGAAGUAGAUGCAGUGCUCGCCGGCCGCGAUACCGACGACAUCGAAUGGUCUGAUUUAUCGAAACUUGAGUUCCUAACGCAGUGUAUUAAAGAAGGCAUGCGACUUCACGCGCCCGUCCCUAUUUUAUCACGAGAACUGCAAGAGGAACUGAUUAUUGGGGGUCGCGUCAUACCCCCGGGCUUCCUUGUGCAGCUUAAUAUCUGGGCUCUGCACCAUAUGGAGAAAUACUUGGGCGCAGACCACUGGGAGUUCAAAUCGGAGCGAUUCGCACCCGAAAACAUCGACAAGAUAGCAUCUUACCAGUUCGUUCCAUUCUCCGCCGGAAAUAGGUAUAUGUUUUAAACAUUAUUCAGCACUUUCUGACAAAUGCUACGUGUACUACACUCAAUUUGCAAUAUAUCGUUCUGAUUUCCUAAAUAUGUUUCUUGAUAAAAUGUAGA